AUGGCCAGCGUCGCCAACCAUCAGCCGACAGUGUCCAACCACGGCCAGCAUCCGCAUCCGCACACGCACAGCAUACAGCUGCUGCACAAUGCGACAGCUGGGGGGCUGCCCCAUGGCCUCGGUCUGCUGACCACAGUGGCCUCGCUGCCGCCCAAGUAUCGCAGCCGUUAUCUGAACAUCAAAACCAAGUGUGAAAUUCCGUUGGACCUGUCCGUGAAACCGCCGUCGCCAGUGCCAAGCAGCGAUGUGCCAAUGGCGACCACAUUCGCUGAGGUUCACAGCGAGCCAGCAGCAGCAGCAGCCGAUGAGCUGCCACAGGAGCUCACACAGGAGCUCACACAGGGGGUGGCGCAUGAGGUGGUCGUCAUUACGGAGAAGCCCAUAACACCGCCACAAAGUCCAGCUGCCGUUGAAAUCGCAGUGGCUUCACUCAAGCGCAAGUUGAGCGAACAAAGCGAAGCUUUGCCCGCUGCCAAAUUGGCCAAAUCUGAGGUGAGUCCCGCACCCGUCGAUGCGACGCCCGCAAAGCCCAUUAAAGUCUCGGACACGGCGCCGCGCACCGGCAAAGCGGCCACAGCUAGUGCCAAAUCGACGCGCAACAAAGCAACGCGCAAAUUAAAGUUCGAUGAGGAGACAAGUUCACCAGUUUCGGGCACCAUCAUCAGGCCGCUGGAGGACAUCACCGAUGGCAGCAUGCAGUACAGCAAUGGCGACAUUGAUCCCAAGUACAACAUUGUCGAAAUUACUGAGGAGACCAAGGCGGAGCUGGCUGCCAUUAGGAACGUAAUUGGUGACUAUGUGUGCCGGCUGUGCCGCAUCAAGUUCGACGAUGCUUUUGGUCUGGCACGCCAUCGUUGCGCCUGCAUUGUGCUGCUCGAGUAUCGCUGCCCCGAGUGUGGCAAGCAGUUCAAUUGCCCCGCCAACUUGGCUUCCCAUCGCCGCUGGCACAAGCCCAAGAAGGAGGCGGCCGCUGCCAAAAAGGAGAAUCGCAACACCAGUAAUCAACAGGUGCAACAGCCACAAGCCACCUCCAAGAAACCAGCCGAAGAGCUGGCCUUUGAUUGCGGCGAGUGCGGCAAGAAGUUCAAGCGGGCUGCCUAUCUGCGCAAGCAUCAACAGACGCAUGUAAAGAAGGCGCAGACUGUCGGCAAACUGGAGCCGGAACUGGAGUCAGGGCUGGAGAGGCAGCCAGAGUCAGCUAACAUAAUAACUGGCAGCUUCCAGACAGCCGUUUAUAAAUCCAAUAGCUCCAGUUCGACCAGCAGUUCGCAUUCUUACGCGGGCACCCACGACGAUGAAGGCGUCUAUGUGGCGGGCGCGGCGAGCAGCAGUCACUAUGACUACGAGGCCGACUUCAUGUCCGACUGCAGCUCCUCCACCUCCUCCGCUGGCUAUGGUCGGCUCCAGAUAGUGGAGCACGGCCUGACUGAGGAGGAGAGCAUUGCAGCUGCUGCUCUCACAAAUCUGCGUAACUGCGCCUCCGUCAUUCAACACACGACGAUGGCGCACUGA